AUGGUGAAAAAAUUUGUGAUUCCUUUAGUAAAAGACGAGCUUUUAACGUCACAUGCUGGGCAAUAUUUUGUUGAAGAGAUUACUCCUUUGCGAGCGCUAUCACAAGCUUUAGAUGCUACACGAUCAGUAUUGCAAGCAAAUGGUGCACAUUUUAUUUUGAAUCAUUUUGAUAUAUUUUUUUCUGUCAUUAUUCAUGGCAGUAAAGUGGAACCUCAGAUCUGUCUACGUUAUUUCACUAGAAUUCACAAGGCUGUAGAGAUACUUGUGGAUGAUCUGGAAAAAAUAUUUGAUCAUGACAAAGAUAUUACAGAGGAAGAAGACAGGGAAAUAUAUUUAUGCAUUAACAAUAUGUUGGCAUAUUUAUUUUCCUGGUUUAUUUGUCAUAUAGAGGAACAUAUAAGGAAUAUAAAUGAGAGCAAUAUUGGAAAGCGUAAGAAAGCCACGAAGUCGGAUAUCGAAGAGGAAUGGGAGCAAUCUAGGCAGAAAGCAUUGGAACUUCUGUUUCGGUGGCUACAGAUCCCAUUGCAUAAAAUGUGGAGACCACCUAUUGUUGAUAAUUCAUUUGUCAUGACUUUAGCACAGAUAUGUUAUAAGAUAUUAGAACAGAGUAGGGAUGCAAAGCAAAAAUACAUAAGAGAAACUAUAUUUGAGAUUCUAGGAACUUUGAUUAAAAAGUACAAUCAUGGAAUAACUUGUGUUGUGAGAAUUGUUCAGUUAGUAAGAUUGUAUGACUCACUGGCAGUACCAAUAGCCACUGGCGUAGUACAUAUGGUUACUGAAUGCAGCUGCAAUGGUUUGAUAAAAGAAGUGAUGAAUGAGAUAGGCCAAAGCGAAAUUAAUGAGACAGAUAACCGCAACACAUCUAUGUUUCUGGAGAAUAUUGCAAUUUCGCAGCCUAAUCUCAUAAUUCCAAUCCUUGAUGAUAUCACAGAUUAUUUGUCAAGUGAGUUUUAUACAAUGAGAAACUGUGUAAUUGGAAUCUUGGGUGCUGUGGUGCAAAAAGCACUGACUGGUGAGGAUCUAACAGGUGAACAGAAAGACCAACGUGACGAAUGUCUGGAUAAUUUGGAAGAGCAUAUGUUAGAUUGCAAUGCUUAUGUGAGAUCAAAAGUGCUUCAGAUUUGGCAACAUUUAUGUUGUGAAGGCGCUGUGCCAUUAGCAAGACAUGGGAAGCUUUUAGCCAGCACCGCAUUACGAUUAGAAGAUAAGAGCGCAAAUGUUCGCAAACAGGCUCUUCAAUUGCUGCGUACUCUGUUGCAAAGUAAUCCUUUUGCAGGCAAGUUAAAUUGCGUUGAACUCUCAAAUUCACUCGAUAAAGAGAUGACAAAAUUACAAGAAUUACAAACCAAUAUCGUGAGUACUAGUGGACGUGGUAACAAACAAAGAUUCGAGCUUUGGACCGUUUUACAAUCAGAUAUAAAGGCAGCAAUAAAGAAUAUUCUGAACACUAAUAAGGAACAUACAGAUAAUGUAAAACAGAUGGAUAUCGAUCCAAAUCAUGCGUUCGAGCAUGUGAGACAAUUAUUAUUAAACCGACAAGUCACUGAAGCGGUAACAUAUCUGUGGAAUACAUGUAUGACAUUAGAACAAGUUUCUGGAAUGGAAAAUUUUUCUACUGCAGCGAAAGAGGAAUUUUUACUUUCUUUUUUAUUGAAGAUUUUCAUAGAGUCAGAAAAUAAAUCGUCAAAUGAUGAAAAUGCUAAUAACGACGCGCAAAAUUCAGAACAAGACAACAACAAUAAAGAAGAAUUAAGAUUACGAAAGCGCGUUAUAAAUUAUUUAAAAAAUUGUCUGAAAUUUGCAACAGAGUUGGAAAAGGCAAUACCAAUGGCAGAAAAAUUGUUAUUUUCUACAUGUGCUGGAGACGCCGUUGAAUCAUGCACAUUUUUGGGAACUGCUUUUCAAUUCGGAGUAACCGGUGCGGCCAACUCUAUGCGUGAGGCUCUAUUUCAAGUAUUCCAUCGCGAUCAGUCUGUGCGUAAUAAUGUGGCCGUAGUGUACAAAGAGAUCUACCUUGAUAUGAAUAAUGAUAAACGAUCAACCCGUCAAAUAGCCGUUGCUCGUGCGAAUCGUCUGAUCGAAUUGAUGAAGGAAUUAAAGCCUGGACAAAGUGUGGCUUUGACUCUACUGAUUGUGACGUGGUACGAAAACGGAGAUUUAAACAGUGAAUUGCUACAAGUAUUAUGGGAAAAAUUCUCUAUGAAAUAUCCAGAUACUUCACCAAUAGAUAGCAGAACCGCGUUAAUGGUAAUAACGAUGAUAGCUCAGGCAAAAUCUAAUAUAGCGUCUGAUAAUCUGGAUGUGUUAAUGAAGAUAGGAUUAGGUUCACGCGCAAAAGAUGACCUUCUUUUAGCACGAGAUACUUGCAGAAUGUUGUUAAAAAUUAAACAAAAUAGCAAUGAUGUUGAAAAGCCACCUUUGAGGUAUCCUAAUAAUCAUGACAUGUUUAAAGAGAUCCUGACGUUAUUAAUAGAUUUUUUUACUAGUACAGAAGAAAAUGCUUACAUUUCUUUCGCGACGGAUGCAAUUAAUGCUAUAUAUCAUUUGGCGAAUCAACCGGAUAAGUUGAUGAAGGAAUUAUUAUUGAGUAUCAUCGAAAAGGGUCAAUUUAUGAAUAAAGAAACAAAUGAAAUAUCCGAUAUAUCGAGUACUGUUCUCUCUAAAUUACUUUACGUAAUCGGACACGUUGCCAUCAAACAGUUAGUUCACCUGGAUGUAUCCAUUUAUAAGGAACUGAAGCGUAGAAAUACGCUACGAGAAAUGCAGGGUAAAAAAAAGAAACGAAUAACGAAAAAUUCGACACCUGAUAUAAGAUCUAAGUCGUUGAACAUGUCAAUUUUGUCGAAUUCGUCGCAACGAGUCUUUCGAAAUAAAGAAGGCUCGAUAAUUGGUGAGGAUAACGGAGAAGAAGCAUUAGAGGGUGCAGUAGAUGAUGCUGAGGCGGAAUUUGUGAAUGAUGCACUCGAACAUGAAAUCGUUACUGGGGAUGGCUUGCUCGCCAAAUUUGUUCCACUAGUAUUGGAUGUGUGCCAAUAUCCUGAUAAAUAUAACAACGAGAAUGUGCAAGCAGCAGGUUCAUACGCGCUCAGCAAAAUGAUGACAGUCAGUUCUGAAUUUUGCGAACAAUAUUUGAGACUCCUAAUCACCAUAUUGGAACGAUCGCCAUAUCCCGGGAUUCGAUCGAAUAUGCUGAUCGGAUUAAGUGAUCUUGCUACUAAAUUUCCCAAUCAAGUGGAACCAUGGUCGAAACACAUCUAUGGCAGACUUCGAGAUGAGGAUGUAAACGUACGUAGAACAUGCGUUCGUAUGUUAUCGAACUUGAUAAUGAGAGAAAUGAUACGCGUAAAGGGACAAGUUUCGGAAUUAGCUCUAUGUGUCAUUGAUGAAGAUGAACAGAUACGUCGGGAUACGAAAGAAUUCUUCAGUCAACUUGCUCAAAAAGGCAAUGGUCUAUACAAUAUAGUGCCUGAUAUAUUAUCACGCUUAGCAGAUCCUCAGUUGGAUCUCGAGGAGAAACAUUUCCAGGAAACCAUUAAGUAUAUUCUUGGCCUAAUGCAGAAGGAGAAGCAAAUCGAUACAAUAAUUGACAAGAUUUGUGCUAGAUUUAAAUUAGCUGCCACAGAGAGACAGUGGCGUGAUCUUUCUUAUUGCCUUUCGCUUUUACAAUUCAGUGGAAAGAGUAUACGACGUCUGAUCGAAAGUUUACCAUUAUUAAAAGAGAAAAUUCAUUAUAAACCAGUAUUAACGGCUUUACGAAGUAUAAUCGAGCAAACAAAGAAAAAGGCGGAUGCGAAAGCAGUUUGUGUAGAAUUGGAAGAGAAAAUACAGGAACUUGUGGAGGCUAAAGAUAACGAAAUGACAGAUGACGAGAUAACAGACAGUCGUUUAAUGCCACCACCAUCUGGUGUGCCAAGGAACAAGAAAAAUAUUCGUCGAAGCAGAUGUAAAAGUACGAGCGAUGAAGACGAAGAUAGCUCCGAUGACUCUGAAGAAGAUAUAGAUAAUAUACCCAUUAUAAAAUCAAAAAAUAAUUCAGAAAAAUCAACCAAUAAAGAAAAUAUUUCUCAUGCAAAAUCAAUUAAGGAUAGUGGUGAAGAUAAUUCUGAUGUCAGUAGAGACUCAGUUACCUCGAUAUCUGUCAAACACGGUAAAAGAAGAGAACAUACAAAGGAAGACGCAAAAAUGCUUAGUAAUGUUAACAUAUCGCCGUCUCCAAAACGAACUAGAAUGAAUAAAUCGUUACGGGAAACUCCAACAAGGAGUUCACUUCGAUUACGCAAAUGAUUUACUUGUAUUGUAAAAUUAAAAUAUAAAGUUUUUAAACAAAUAUAAUUUUAUAUA